AUGGACAGAACACCUGUAGUCUCUGGAGAUCCACCAGGGUAUGGUGAUGAUUCCCCGUCCUACUUUAACACUCCGACUGAGGAGGACCCGUUCACAUCGAAUAUGCGAGGAAAUGGCUCAACCAUGCGAUUGCUUCCCCAGAGCCAUGAGACUGAGUAUAGACCGUAUGUACCUUCUUCUUCUGGUUUUAGGUACCCUCCGCAGGAAAGAAUCCCUCCCUCACCCAAGCGCAAGCCUGUUGCGACAGGACGCCAGGUCAAGUGGCAGGAUUCCCAGUCCAAAACUGCGCGCCGCAGGAACACCCCUCUGUCUUCGUUGCUGUCCGAAGCGCAAGAAAAAUUGGACAAGAUCCCACCUGUGGUGACUGGUCAUGCCCCAAUGCUAAAAGCGCGAGUGACGUUAAAACGAAGCCCAAACACUAAUAGAGUGCCAUCGUAUAGAGCCCAAAGACCCUCGCCCGAGAGGUACCAUAGACCUACCGUUGCCACGUUGCAGACAUCGCGACCAAACUCGAGCCUUGGUCAGACACCUUUAAUACCUCCUCCUGCUGCGACUCGACACAUCUCACCAGAGCGAACAUCCCCCAUCAGACCAGGCACACCGUUGAGAGAUGCAGCGGAUUGGACGCGACCACCAGCAGCGAGCGUAGCAUAUGAGCCUGCAGACCUGAAUGGCAGCCCCCGGCCUGGCUCUUCUGCAUCAAAAUAUGGUGGCAGUCCCCGAAGACCACUACCUCCUGCGCCGCUGUUCGCAGGCGCUGGCGCACCAAGAACAUCGUUGGAGGAAACUGCGAUUCCAAUACCAGACUCGCCCGAAGAUGUCUUUGUGGGCGCGAAUGCUCACAAGCAGACCACUGUGGAUCCUCGUACGUCCAUGAAGUCACACGAUUCCUACCUCUCCGAAUCCACCGUCACAGAAGAGUACGAGCCGGAGAAAGCCGAGAGUUCCGAUCACUAUGGCCCUGCGCCCGAAGGACGACAGGACCGCCGUGGCCUGAGGGAGGCACAAAUGAUCAAGAAAGAAGUCAGGCUGAUCAAUGGAGAACUCAUUCUUGAAUGUAAAAUACCGACCAUUCUUCACAGCUUCCUGCCACGAAGAGAUGAACGGGAAUUCACUCACAUGCGAUACACAGCGGUGACCUGUGACCCUGACGACUUCGUGCUCAAAGGCUACAAGCUUCGACAAAACAUCGGCAGCACAAUGCGCGAGACGGAACUCUUCAUUUGCGUCACCAUGUAUAAUGAGAGCGAGAUUGAUUUUACCCGAACCAUGCACGGCAUCAUGAGGAACAUCACGCAUUUCUGUUCACGAACCAAGUCACGAACAUGGGGGAAGGAUGGUUGGCAAAAGAUUGUUGUAUGUGUGAUUGGGGAUGGCAGGAGGAAAGUUCAUCCCCGGACCCUGAAUGCGCUGGCCGCGAUGGGGGUCUAUCAAGAAGGCAUUGCGAAGAAUAUUGUCAACCAGAAAGAAGUGACUGCCCACGUCUAUGAAUAUACCACACAAGUUUCGCUGGACGAAGGAUUGAAGUUCAAGGGGGCCGAGAAGGGCAUCGUACCAUGUCAGAUGAUAUUUUGUAUGAAGGAGAAGAAUCAGAAGAAGCUGAACUCGCACCGAUGGUUCUUCAACGCCUUCGGGCGGGCCUUGACUCCCAAUGUCUGCAUCCUGCUCGACGUGGGGACCAAGCCGGAACCAAAAGCAUUGUACUACCUAUGGAAGGCAUUCGAUCAAGAUUCGAACGUGGCUGGCGCAGCGGGGGAGAUCAAAGCUGGCACUGGAAAGGCAUGGCUUGGGCUCCUCAAUCCGCUCGUGGCGUCGCAGAAUUUCGAAUACAAGAUGUCGAACAUCCUCGACAAGCCUCUGGAAUCGGUCUUCGGAUACAUCACCGUGCUCCCUGGAGCAUUGUCGGCAUACCGGUAUUAUGCCUUGCAGAAUGACACAUCAGGCCACGGACCCCUGAGCCAGUACUUCAAGGGCGAAACGUUGCACGGCCAUGAUGCGGAUGUCUUUACUGCAAACAUGUAUCUGGCAGAGGAUCGUAUCUUGUGCUGGGAGUUGGUAGCGAAGAGACAGGAGCAAUGGGUGUUGAAGUUUGUGAAGAGUGCUGUUGGGGAGACAGACGUACCUAGCGAAGUGCCCGAAUUCAUAUCGCAACGUCGCCGCUGGCUCAACGGAGCCUUCUUCGCCGCCGUCUACUCGCUCACCCACUUCCGGCAGCUCUGGCGCACCGACCACACCAUCACGCGCAAAGUGCUCCUGCACAUCGAAUUCGUCUACCAAUUCAUCUCUUUGCUGUUCACCUUCUUCUCCCUGGCCAACUUCUACCUCACCUUCUACUUCAUCGCUGGAAGCCUGUCCGACCCCAAAAUCGACCCCUUCGGCCACAACAUCGGCAAAUACAUCUUUGUCAUCCUCCGCUACGCCUGCGUGCUGCUGAUCUGCCUCCAGUUCAUCCUGAGCAUGGGCAACCGGCCGCAGGGCGCCAAACGCAUGUUCUUCUCCACCAUGAUCACCUACUCCAUCAUCAUGGCCUACACCACCUUCGCGGCGCUGUACAUCGUCAUCAUCCAACUCAAGUCCCACACCCUGCAACCCGUGGCGCCAGACUCGUCCGCCUACCGGCUGGGCAACAACAUCUUCACCAACCUGAUCGUCAGCACCGUCUCGACGGUCGGCCUGUACUUCCUCAUGUCCUUCAUGUACCUGGACCCGUGGCACAUGUUCACCAGCUCGGCGCAAUACUUCGCCCUGCUGCCCUCGUACAUCUGCACGCUGCAGGUGUACGCCUUCUGCAACACGCACGACGUGACGUGGGGCACCAAGGGCGACAACGUGAUCCACACGGACCUGGGCGCGGCCAACGCGGCCAAGGGGUCCGGCAACGUGGUCGAGGUGGAGAUGCCGUCGGAGCAGCUCGACAUCGACUCCGGCUACGACACGGCGCUGCGCAACCUGCGCGACCGGCUCGAGGCGCCCGUGUGCGCCAUCUCGGAGAACCAGGCGCAGGAGGACUACUACCGCGCGGUGCGCACCUACAUGGUGGCGGUGUGGAUGGUGGCCAACGCCAUCCUGGCCAUGAGCGUCUCCGAGGCCUACGCCCUCGACAAGGGCAUCGCCGACAACACCUACCUCAAGUUCCUGCUGUGGAGCGUCGCCGCCGUCGCCAUCUUCCGCGCCAUCGGCAGCUCCGUCUUCGCCGUCAUGGCCGUGCUGGCCGUCGUGGUAGAGGGCAGGUUUCGCGAGAAGGUGGGCCGCUGGUUGGGCGUCGGAGGCGCCAAGGCCGGCGACGGCGAGAGUAGUGGCAGUGGCAGCGCCAGGACGCCCAGUGAGGGCGCGCUCACCAUGUCCGUCAUCAGCAGUGGCAUCUCCAGCGGGCUGAGCGUGCUGAGCAGCAAGAUCAGCAGCGGCUUCAGUUGGGUCAGCAGCAGGAGUGGGAGAUAG